CAGCAGGGGUGGGUUAGGAGAAAGGAGUGCAUGUGGACUAUACACACAUGAGUAGAGCCGCGGACGGACGCAGGAGCUGUGUGUGGACUGUACUGUGAAGCUGAAGCCCCGCACUGAACCAGCCAGAGUUAUGUACUGUGCUCAUCCUGUGUCCGGCACAGGCAACAGCCCACUCAUGUACUGCUACAACAUGAAACCAGUGUAUGGUCAGUCUCCCGGCACUGACAGCAUCAACCAGAACUCCUCUUCACACCCAUCGAGCAAGGCCCCCAGCAAUGUGUUUGCCAGCACAUUCUUUGAGGGGAUGAGCAAUUCGCCUGACAUCUGGAAUGCUGUAAAUGGGCUGAACCAGCAGGGCUAUGAAGGUGCGCUGGGAGCCGCCUCCACCCACCAGACGCAGCCGGGCAGCUUCAGCAGCCUGCAGCCAGCACAUGGUCACCUGGACUUCUCUCCGCAUACAGCGGUGGCUGAUAUGAACCGGAGUCUUCCACCGAUGUCCACUUUUCACCGCAACAGCGCGGUAUCACACACUUCAGCGGUCAACUCUUCAGAGAACUCAACAGUCUCAGGGAGCCAUGGAAACGUGUCAGGGGCGUCACAGACUGGUGAUACCUUGGGGAAAGCUCUGGCAUCUAUUUAUUCCCCUGAUCACACCAGCAGCAGCUUCCCCUCCAGCUCCUCCACUCCGGCGAGGUCUCCGUCUCCACUGCCAAACACAGCCGAGCCUGCAGGUACGAACAUGUGGCCUCGCAGUUCAGUCCAGGCACCAGUCUCCCCACAGUAUGAGUCCUCGCUCAUAUCAAUGUCUCAGGUGGAGGACCGACUGGACAGACUAGAUGAUGUAAUCCAUGUUUUGAGGAACCACGCUGUGGGCCCCACCGCCGGUCUCCCCACCGACAUCCACGGCCUGCUGAACCAGUCCCACCACGCUCACCCAGGCUCUGCCAGCACUUUACCACUCACCUGUCACACUCCAGCCAUGGUUAACAAACAUUUCUUUGAAGUUGAAGCUGUCACUCUGAACAACAACCACUCAGCCUUUCAGAGCCGCGCACAAAAUGGCCACCCGUACCCGGCCAGACAGAGGCCCACACUUCAGCCUGUACAAGGAGGAGGAGGUGGUUCAGGACUUCAGAGUAAUCUGGAGCUUAAGAUGGAAAGCAGGGAAUUGGAAGAAAUGAUGCACAACAAUCACGGUUCCGACAGCCCGAGAUCAGAUGAGGAGAGUGAGCACAAAACACACAGUACUCAUGAAGACGAGGACCUGAGCCCAGAGCAGAAAGCUGAGCGCGAGCGGGAGAGGAGGAUGGCGAACAACGCCCGGGAGCGCCUGCGUGUGCGGGACAUCAACGAGGCCUUCAAGGAGCUGGGCCACAUGUGCCAGCUGCACCUGAAGAGCGAGAAGCCGCAGACCAAGCUGCUGGUGCUGCACCAGGCCGUGGCCGUGAUCCUCAGCCUGGAGCAACAAGUCAGAGAGAGGAACCUGAACCCAAAGGCAGCGUGUCUGCGGAGAAGAGAAGAGGAGAAGGCAUCCUCCAUCAUGGCAGAUUCUCAUCUGGGCUUUCACCCAAGUCUGACAGACCCGGCAAACCCCAUGGGCCACCUCUGAGCGCCUGA